UGCUAGGCAUUAUCGAUAGCAACUUUCUCGAUAAUCGAAAACCAAAGAGAAAAAUAAAAAACAAAAAAUGGACGUCACGUUGUUAGCAACUCUUGCUGCUUUAAUUAUUGUACUGAUUGUCAUUUGUACAGUGUUCUUGGGACGUAGAUCCGCUGGACAGAAAAAACAAGCAAAUGCAGCGGAAAGAGUUGCACAAGGUAGGCCAGUGAGACGAGCAGCUGGUCAGAGAAAUGCUAGACGUCGUAUGCAAGCAACAACUGCCAUUCAACCAGUGGAAGAAGAUGAUGACAGAUCUGGAAAUGAAGCAAAUGACGAGGCAGAUGAGAAGCCAACCAUACCUGAUCACAAGAUGGGUACAAAGAAGAGAGCAAAAUUGGCAGCAAAAGCAGAGAAGAAGGUCCAGAGAGAGAGAGAUCAGCUUCUCCAAGAAGAGAGGGACAAGCAAUAUGAAAAAGAAAGAGAAGACGAAUUGAAGCAGGAGGAGGCAGAAAAGAAAGCAAGAGAGGAGAAAGAAAGGAGAGAACACGAAGAAUACUUGAAAAUGAAAGAAGCAUUCAGUGUAGAGGAGGAGGGUUAUGACCAAGAAGAGAAGGAGAACGAAGAGAAUUUAUUGGAGUCAUUUCUUCAGUACAUUAAAGAGAACAAAGUGGUAAUUCUGGAAGACUUGGCUGCACAUUUUGGUUUAAAGACAGCAAGUGUUGUAGACAGGAUUCGAGAAUUGCAAGCAACUGGAAAUUUAACUGGAGUGAUUGAUGACAGAGGGAAAUUCAUUUAUAUCUCUCAGGAAGAACUUGAAGCUGUUGCAAAAUUUGUGAAACAGCGUGGUAGAGUCAGUAUCGCUGAACUGGCAGAGAAUUCAAGCCAAUUGAUCAACCUGAGUCCAGGAAGCAAGCAUAAAGUGGUAGAGGCCAGAUAGAUCGAUAAUCUACCAACAAUUGUAAAAUAAAAAUAUUCUACUAAAUUUAUACAUCGUUUCCCGUGCACGCGAUAAACAUAUCCA